CAUAAGGUUAUAAUUGUGGUUUUAUUCACUUUACUCUGUUAUUAUGUGCCAUGUAUGCCUGAGGCAUACAGUGGAUGAGGGUUCAGGGACAUCUUGUCCAGAAUGUGCACCUGCCCGAGGCAUACAGUGGAUGAGGGUUCAGGGACAUCUUGUCCAGAAUGUGCACCUGCCCGAGGCAUACAGUGGGUGAGGGUUCAGGGACAUCUUGUCCAGUAUGUGCACCUGCCCGAGGCAUACAGUGGGUGAGGGUUCAGGGACAUCUUGUCCAGUAUGUGCACCUGCCCGAGGCAUACAGUGGGUGAGGGUUCAGGGACAUCUUGUCCAGUAUGUUCACCUGCCCGAGGCAUACAGUGGAUGAGGGUUCAGGGACAUCUUGUCCAGAAUGUGCACCUGCCCGAGGCAUACAGUGGAUGAGGGUUCAGGGACAUCUUGUCCAGUAUGUGCACCUGCCCGAGGCAUACAGUGGAUGAGGGUUCAGGGACAUCUUGUCCGGUAUGUGCACCUGCCCUAGGCAUACAGUGGAUGAGGGUUCAGGGACAUCUUGUCCGGUAUGUGCACCUGCCCGAGGCAUACAGUGGAUGAGGGUUCAGGGACAUCUUGUCCGGUAUGUGCACCUGCCCGAGGCAUACAGUGGAUGAGGGUUCAGGGACAUCUUGUCCGGUAUGUGCACCUGCCCGAGGCAUACAGUGGAUGAGGGUUCAGUGACAGUUUGUCCGGUAUGUGCCCCUGCCCGAGGCAUACAGUGGAUGAGGGUUCAGGGACAUCUUGUCCGGUAUGUGCACCUGCCCGAGGCAUACAGUGGAUGAGGGUUCAGUGACAGCUUGUCCGGUAUGUGCCCCUGCCCGAGGCAUACAGUGGAUGAGGGUUCAGGGACAGCUUGUCCGGUAUGUGCACCUGCCAGAGGCAUACAGUGGGUGAGGGUUCAGGAACAGCUUGUCCAGUGAAUGCAACUGCCUGAGGCAUAAAGUGGAUGAGGGUUCAAAAACAGCUUGUCCGGUAUGUGCCCCUGCCUGAGGCAUAAAGUGGAUUAGGGUUCAGAGACAGCUUGUCCAAAAGAAACAAAGACAUUUUAAUUUCCGAAGGAAACAAUGGAGGAAAAUAGAAAUCCCUGCUGCUUCUUACUAGUCGUCCUUUUUGUUAGAAUGGUUCCAAGUUAUGGAUCUACAGUAAAUUAUGCCGAUCCCACACUAAUGCCGCUAGCACAUGAGGACGCCAGAGCAAGGGAAAAAAUGAUGAACGCACAGUUCAAAUGUUACGAGAAAAUGAAAAGGGAUCCGCCGUAUUCUAAAUCAGGUCUGUACUGUAACCGGACCUGGGAUGGAUGGCUAUGCUGGGAUGACACCCCCGUAGGACACAACGUUACACAGAACUGUCCUGAUUAUUUUGCAGAUUUUGACACCACUGAAAAAGCUUCCAAAUAUUGUGACGAGAAGGGAAACUGGUUCCAACAUCCCGAAAGCAACAGGACGUGGUCCAACUACACCAUGUGCAUCAGCUUCACGAAGGAGAAACUAAAGAACGCCUAUAUCCUGUACUAUAUGGCCAUAGUAGGACAUACCUUGUCAAUCCUCUCUUUGUUAAUUUCCCUUGGAAUUUUCUUCUAUUUCAAGAGUCUCAGCUGCCAGAGAAUUACACUUCAUAAAAACCUAUUUUUCUCCUAUGUGCUGAAUUCUCUGUUUACAAUUGUUCAUCUCACCGCUGUGGUACCAGAUUUGGAACUCGUAAAGAGGGGCCCCGUGAGCUGCAAGGUUCUCCAGUUCUUCCACCAGUAUAUGAUGGGCUGUAACUAUUUCUGGAUGUUGUGUGAAGGGAUCUAUCUCCACACUCUGAUAGUGGUGGCCGUGUUUGCUGAGGAACAGCAUCUGCAUUGGUAUUAUCUCCUCGGCUGGGGGUUUCCAUUAGUGCCUACGUCCAUACAUGCCUUUGCAAGAACAAAAUAUUUCAAUGACAAUUGUUGGAUGAGUGUGGAGACACAUCUGUUAUACAUUGUCCAUGGGCCGAUCAUGGCUGCACUGCUGGUUAACUUGUUCUUUCUUCUGAACAUUGUACUCGUCCUCGUGACGAAGUUGCGGGACACUCACCGCGCAGAGUCCAACAUGUACAUGAAAGCCGUAAGAGCCACUUUAAUCCUGGUGCCGCUCUUAGGUAUCCAGUUUGUUAUCUUUCCAUGGAGGCCAGAAAACCGCCUGGCAGGAGAAAUCUACGACUACAUUAUGCACAUAUUGAUGCAUUAUCAGGGAUUACUUGUUGCUACAAUCUUCUGUUUCUUUAAUGGGGAGGUACAAGGUGCACUGAAGAGACAAUGGAUGCAAUACAAGACUCAGUGGGGUCAGAGAAGAAGAGAACAUUGUUCUAUGCGUUCUACUUCCUACACAGCGACGUCCAUAACAGAGGUCCCUAUUUAUCUAUACCCCCAUGAGUCCAACAGUGAACAUUUAAAUGGGAAGUACGGAGACGACUCGGAGAUUACAGCGCUCAACUCUGGGGAUACCUACGCCUGAUUCUCAACCAGACUAAACAAAUUUGCAAACCAUGAGCUCAAGUCCUCAAUGGGAAUAAAAAGCCUUCGACAUGUUGACCGGAAGACUCGUUGUAGGGACCCACCAUAUCAGGUGACCUCUGAAGCUCACUUGGUCCACAUACAGUACUUAGGCCCUCUUCUACAGGACUGAUGAGGUGACCAGAUUUUUGUCUGAUGGGCUUCUGACAAUUCAGUGAAGGUGAAAGUUAUUCCAUGUGGUCAUGGACGGGAUCACGUUGACAGCUAUAUCAACAACAGGUUGUGAAGACCAAGAUCUUCUAAAGCCAAAUGGAAACGCCUUGUGAUGGAACAUCCUUUUAUCAUUGUAUACAAUGGACCUUUGGCUGCAGAUUUAUAUCUCUGUUUAUCUUCGACAUUUCAUUACAAAUAGGACAUUAGGACCCAUGACAAUUCGACCUGCUCAUUCAGUUCUUUUACAAGAGCACAAUUUUGAUGAACUUUACUUCGGUGCUAGGUGGCACCAUACUUACCAUUAAGCUUUCUGAUUUGGAAAUGGUGUGACUAGAUACGACCUCCUGCAGUAAGUUGAAUUUGGUAGGUUCCCAUAAGCUUCCAUAAUUAAUAUCUUUAAGAUCUGAGCUAUCUGGUCUAGCGGAAUAGUCACCAUUUAAUACCAUGUAAGUUUUAGGUCCACAAUUUAUAUAUCUUUAUAGGGUUCUGGUACAGAACUCCUAAAAGUUGUUUAGUUAAAGGGGUUGUCCAACACUAGAAGAAGGAAUUUUAUGGACUCAGUGGCCACUGCCAUUCAGAUGAUGCCCAGUCUUUGCUGAUCAGUGCUUUCUAAUUCAUAUGUCGGCACAGGAAAAUGCCAAGUGGGCAUUUUUCACUAAGUGGGCAUUUUUUGUAUACCAAGAAGUGAACCAGGAAGCACUGAUCAGCAGAGACUGGGCACCAUCAGAUUGGCGGUGACAGAGGAUUAGGAAGGUGAGUAUCCCUUUGUUUUAAAGGGGUAUUCCAGGAAAAUACUUUUUUUAUAUAUAUAUCCACUUGCUCCAGAAAGUUAAACAGAUUUGUAAAUUACUUCUAUUAAAAAAUCUUAAUCCUUCCAAUAAUUAUCAGCUUCUGAAUUUGAGUUGUUCUUUUCUGUCUGGUCAGAGUGCUCUCUGCUGACAUCUCUGCUUGUCUCGGGAACUGCACAGAGUAGAAUAGGUUUGCUAUGGGGAUUUGCUUUUACUCUGGACAGUUCCCGAGACACGCGUCAUCAAAAAGCACUUAGACAGAAAAGAACAACUCAACUUCAGCAGCUCAUAAGUACUGAAAGGAUUAAGAUUUUUAAU